AAAAGGUCAUCUGUCUUAUCUUUAGAAGUAUGCAGUGACAUGGCUUGGAUACACAACUAGCAGCUAUAUUCUGGUAGAAGUUAAUGAGACAAAGGGCCGAAAUUGAAAUAUUUACUGAUACAAGUCAAAAUGGCCGUGGAAACAAAACAGCGAAGUGUCACCCAACUUGCAGCUAUGCAAUUUGUUGCUGGUGGAUGUGCAGGAUUUGUUGAGGUAUCCAUCAUGCACCCGCUUGACCUUAUCAAGACGCGGUUCCAGAUACAACGAGGCCCAGGAGACCCUCACCACUACACCUCAUUGGCUGACUGCUUCCGUAAGAUCUACCGUACAGAGGGUUUUCUGGCAUUCUACAAAGGUAUUCUACCUCCUUUGUUAGCAGAAACACCAAAGAGAGCUACCAAAUUUUUCACCUUUGAAAGAUAUAAGAAUGUGUUGGCAUAUAGUGGCUAUCUUCCACAGUCAUGGGUGUUUGCACUGGCUGGUCUGGGUUCCGGGCUGACAGAGGCCGUUGUCAUUAACCCGUUUGAAGUCAUCAAGGUCAAACUGCAAGCGGAGAGAAACCAGUUUAAAGAGCAAAAAAGCACAUACGCCACUGCAAGGGAGAUACUCCGGAAGCAUGGGUUUGGAUCUCAGGGACUAGGCAAGGGUAUGACAUCGACGUUGGGCCGACAUGGGGUCUUCAACAUGGUCUACUUUGGUUUCUACCAUAACAUCAAGGGCAUAAUACCAGAAAAUGAGGAUCCUACUUUGGAGAUUCUCCGCAGAUUUACAAUCGGGGUGAUGAGUGGUAUUCUCGGCUCUGUAAUCAACAUUCCAUUUGACGUGGCAAAGAGUCGUAUACAGGGGCCACAGCCAGUUCCAGGGGAAAUCAAAUACAGAAAAUGCUUUGCUACCAUAGCAACUGUAUACAGAGAAGAGGGGUUCUUUGCUUUGUACAAAGGUCUUUUACCAAAGAUUCUCAGGCUUGGACCAGGUGGUGCCAUUAUGUUCCUGGUUUAUGAGCACGUUUUUGAUUGGCUGAAUGUGCACUAUUGACCAAUCAUUUGAUCUCUCCCAUUGGCCAGUCUGUGAUCAACUUGCCAUGUGAUAGUAUGCUAUGAUACAAGACUGGGUUGUCUUGUCAUGGGUGUGUUUUGUUUUACUGUGUAUUUGCAUGUACAACUGUUCACUUCAAAUUGCCGUAGUUUCAAACCUCAGUUUAUAUAAGUUUUUAUCAAAUACAAACAUUCAAGACUGUGCUUUUUGUGCUUUUUGAUACAACUCUUGAUGGGAAACCUACUCUGUAUAAUGGAGUGAAUUCAUUUUUUUGUUAAGUUUCAAUGGCUUAAUCAAAAGUUGGUUAGAGCAAACAAAUAUCAUAAUAACUACCAUGCUAUAUACAAUAUAUAAUGAAUGCCAAAUUACAACUUGAAGCAUACUGUAACUGCUCACACUUUGCAAAUUCUAAUCUCCAAGACAGGAUCUGAAUGAAUUGAAAUAUGCAGAAAAAAUUUUGCUGACAUUUUUGGAAUGUCAUAUUAACUCGUAAAAACAGCUUUUUGAAAAUUCAAGAACAUUCUUUAUCUGAGCAUGAGCCCACUUUCCUAGUAUGUUUACACUCUCCUUUUCUGGAAAAAGUAGUCUUAGCUAUAAGUGUUAACAAAAUAGCUUCCAUUCACUAUGUUGUUUUGUUUUGAACUUACCGGUAAGUUAAAUUCCUUUAAGAAGUGCUAUUUUUUUUCACCAUGUAUUUGACGAUUAAAAAUUGUAAGCAAUUAUGAUCGUGUGAAUUCCUUAUAUCAUACUUGUGUAGCUACAUGAUAUGAUUUGGAAAAUGCUUAUGUCCUUUAUUCAUAUUGAUUUUUGAUUGUUAAUAUUUGAAUUGUUCAAGUUUGUAUUGACUUUUCUGUUUUCCUGCUGGUUCAGGAUUUGAUUUUUAUAAUUUUGAAAGAAAACCAGUGAUGUUUUUUUUUUUUUUUUUAAUACAUGAAAGUAUGUAAUACAAAUAUUUAAGAAAAGUAUUGAAACUCCCACCUGUUAGAUAAAUAUUAGGUGAAUUUUAGAAACCUGUAUUGUUAAAUGCUUGUACAUAAUGCUUUACCCUAUACAAAUAGCACAGAAAGACCAUUUACAAUAUAUGUGCUUACUGGCUAAAAUCAAAACAGGGUUUGAAAGCAGUAUUUAUUAUAUGUUGGGUUAAAAUGGUUUUAUUUUUGUUUUAUGCAGGGUAUUUUUGCAGAAAAUAAAGCAUUUAUAUAUAAAAUGUUGCUUUGAGUUUAUA